AUGAUUAGUGUCACGAAUAACCUUGAUGAGUCUCCUGUAAACACAAGUAGAAUCCGUAUUCCUUCUCAUAUUGGAAAAUAUACCAUUACAAAGCUUAUUGGAAAGGGAGGAUUCGCUGUUGUUGUUUUAGCAGUCAAUGAUCAAACUCAUCAACAAGUUGCAAUCAAGAUUUGUGAUCGAGUUCAAAUUCAAGAGAAUAAUAUUUUAGCGUAUCUUGAAGCAGAGCUCAGACUUUCAAUGAGAUUUAAUCAUCCAAACAUAGCAAAGACUUAUGAAGUUAUUUAUGAACCUGAUAUCAUUCUCAUAGUAAUGGAAUACUUCCCAAAUGGUGAUCUCCAGUCAUUACUAACCCAUGGCGUUAAAUUUACAACUCAAGAGCAAAUCAAAAUUGCUAUUGGAGUUCUUAAUGGCCUCAAUUAUUUGCAUCAAAGAGGCAUCUCCCAUAGAGAUAUCAAACCAGAAAAUAUUGUUUUUGAUGAAAAAUUAAACCCUAAAAUAAUAGAUUUUGGUUUAUCCAAAGAAGAUUCUUCUAAUUUAUAUACAUUCUGCGGCACACCAUAUUAUGUUGCCCCAGAAAUGAUUACUAGUCAUUCAUAUAAUGGUAUGAAAGCAGAUAUAUGGGCAUUUGGAAUCACAUUGCACUGCCUUGCCACGGGAUCCAAUGAGUGA